AUGGCUACAAGUAUGCUCUCAACAAGCACAAUUGUUCUUGAGGUUCUUAGAAAUGACAAUUACGAGAAUUGGAGUGCUUGCAUUAAAAACUAUCUCUUGGCUCAAGAUCUUUGGGAUAUUUUCGAAACAACCACAGAACCUCCAAAACCAGAAGAUGAUGCAGUAGAAUUCAAAGCUUGGAGGAAGAAGAAUGCUGCAGCUUUGCAUGCAAUUCAGAUUUCAUGUGGGGUGGAAAUACAAUCUCAGAUCAAUGAUAUCAGUUCUGCUAAAACUGUUUGGGAUAUGUUGCCUAAAUUAGUGCACCAACCACCAUCGAAAGGACCUAGUGAUAACCCAGUGGCUGAGCAGGGAAACUCAUUGAAUAUCCCAUCCAGUAAUGUUCACGAGGAUGGAUCAAUGGUUGCACCUGAUCAAAAGGUUGAACCUGGAAGCUCCUCAAACAACCCAGAGGCGGGACAUGUCCAUAUAGUGGAAGCGUUGGUGGAGGAAAUGUCGGAAGAUGACUUGGAAGUACAAGACAAUUUCGGUGACACAGCUCUACUGGAGACAACAUAUAGUGGACAGUACAAGAUGGCGGAGUGCAUGCUUAGAAAGAACAAAAGCUUGGUCAGCAUGGGAAGAGCUAACACCGAUGGGUUCCAUAUGCUUCCAGUUGUUAUGGCUCUUUCAAAUGGAUAUAUAAAAAUGGCUCGAUAUCUUUAUUCUCUCACUCCACUGGAAGAUCUAAUUCCAGAAAAGGGCAGGAGCGGUUCAACACUUUGUACCCAAGCAAUAUAUACCAGAGCUUUAGAUAUUGCUUUGGAUCUAAUCCGGCGCUGUCCACGUUUGGUUCUCGCUCCGGACAAAGAGAGCUACAGCCCUUUAUACGCAUUGGCUGCUAUGGGGUACGCAUUCCCAAGUGGACAUCGUCUCGUGUUUUGGAAACGAUGGAUCUACUCUUGUGAGUAUACGCCCACUCUUCUUUCUGUUACUCCUUAUUUUCCCUCUCUUUCAUCAAAUUGUUCCAGUAUUAUAAUGAGCACAGCAAUAUUGAUCGAUCAUGAAUUGAAGUACUAUUCUUAA